CACCGCUUGAACCCCUUAUUCUGCCGACACCGACCACUGUUGCCCUCCGCAUCGAUUGGGACUAGCCCGGGGGCGCAACGAGGGGCAUACCAUCAGCAUUGGAAAAGGAGUGGCCGACUCUCCAGCUGCACCAUGCUGGCGGUGAUCGAGUAGUUCGAGCUCGACUGCCAACGUCCACUCGUGCCCGCCCGCCAUCUUGCUUAUUAUAUUGCUGCACGACCGAGCAUGGAUCCGGACACCACCAAGCCGUCUACCGGCAUCCCGCGAGGCCCCUCCAAGUUGCCAACAACCAGACUGCCCGCCGUCAAAUCCCGGCCUGCGUCGACUAUCACCGCGCCAUCAUCAGGACUGCUGCCGCCUUCCCAGAAGACCAUUGCUCCGCCCAGCACUCUGACAAAGCCAUCACCGGCACUCGCUACUCCCAAAGCCACAAAACGAACAGCGACUACCGGCUUGGCACGACCGACUCCCACUUCUGCUCUGAAGCCUCCCAGCAGCGGACUACAAAAGCCAGGAGGAGUUGUUCGCACUGGCCUCGCAAAGCCCACUCCCACUACUGCCAAGACUUCCACUACAUCAGGUCUCGCGCCCCCUCGAGCAAGGACUGGUCUGCAAAAGCGUGCUCUUAGUGCUUCCCGCUCCACUGCCGUUAUUGACGACGAGGAGGUCAGUGAUAAACUUGGCUCUCUUGACAGCUUUAGGUCCGCUUCACGCCAAGGCUUCAGUGAUGAAUCCGAGUCGUUCGAGCUGGCCGAGGACCAUGUCCCUCGAAGUAGAACUUCGCGUCCUUCGCUGUCGGAGAGGACGAUAGAGACACUACAGUCCAUGCCAUCGACACCAAAUGACAGACGGCGAUCGAGUUUCUUCAACCCACCAGACAGCCCCAUGGGCCCACCUCUACGGCCAGCCUCCGCGAUGAGUAGGAAUAGCAGAGCGGGAAGUAGACCAGGAACUAGUGAUGGAUCAACUUCAUCGAGACCGCUUAGUAGAGCCGGCUCCACGAAGAUCGCACCUGCUAGUGCCAGACCAUCUACUCGCACUACCACUGCGCCAGGAUCGAGGAUUAGCUCUCUGCCUUCUACGAAACGCAGCGUCAGUGUCGGUUUGACUAGCAAGCUACAGCAGGCGAAAGCAGAAUCCCAGAGAAGUAUUUCGCCUGUCAAGAAGCCUUCCGCAUUACCAAAUGGCUCUGCAAUGGGCAUUCCGAGUGCAACGACUUCAAAAAUCGGCAGCGGAAAUAAAACGAUAGCAACGUCACGUCCUACGAAACCACGAAGUGGGCUUACUGGUGCCUUUGUGCCGCCAACCAAGCGGGCGCCGCCACCUAAAGCAGUAGCUACAGCAGACGCAGAAGAUGCCAAACCUGCUGAUAGCGCACGGGUCGUGUCGAAUUCAUCGGCUGCCUUGCGAGAGCAAAUUGCAGCGGCAAAAGCGGCAGCGCGAAAGCAAAGAGAGUCUGCGGAGAAGCGAGAGUCGUCGUCUUCUCAGCCUCUUUCCACGAAUGGCGACUCCGGAGUCGAUUUUGAGACUCACGCCGACCCGUUUGGUCAAGCCCCCAAGGAUGAAAAGCAUGUGCUGAAAUAUCGCGUACAUAAUGCACGCAUGAGUGGGAAGCUCAAUAUUGCUGCUAUGGGGUUGAAGGAAAUGCCCGAAGAAGUCAUGAAAAUGUACGACGCAGCUGCGAUGGCUGAGAGCAAAGUCAACUGGGCCGAAGUGGUCGACUUGACAAAGUUCAUCGCUGCAGACAACGAAUUUGAGCGAAUUGAUGAAACGGUCUUCCCGGAUCGAUCAAAUGAGGACCUUGCUGCUGACGACGAUGCCACGGGCAACCAGUUUGGUGGACUCGAGCUCCUGGACUUGCAUGGCAAUUCACUGCAAGCACUGCCGAUGGGUCUGCGACGUCUGGAACGUUUGACACAUCUCAACAUCACUCACAACAAGCUGGAGAACUCUGCUCUGGAUGUCAUCACACAAAUUCCAACGCUGAAGGAGCUGAAGAUUGGUAACAACAACCUGACAGGCAAUCUCCCAGGGUCGUUGUGCACUUUGACCAAGCUGGAAGUCUUGGACAUACAGGCGAAUCGUCUUCUUAGCUUGCCUGAAGCUAUUGCAGACCUGACUGCACUUCGAGUGCUGAAUGUUUCCGGGAAUCAAUUGACGGCACUGCCCAUGGACGCUCUUGCCCAACUACCUCUCGUAGAACUGGACGCCAGCAGCAACGCGUUGAUAGCAUCACUGUUUCCGCUAGGUGCUCCAGGUCGCCAUCCGACGCUCCAGAGCUUGAACAUAUCAAACAACUCGCUGGCCGCGUUGACGUUUUCCGAGACGCUCGAUAUGCCUAGACUGAGGACACUGCAUAUCACGAAUAACCAGAUGACGCAACUCCCUUCUGUAGCUGGCUGGCAUGACUUAAUCACUUUGCACGCUGGUGACAACAAGAUUGUCGACUUUCCUGAGGGCUUCACAAGUCUGGCGAAGCUUCGGACUGCCAAUUUCACCAGUAACGAGAUUCGCAUGCUUGAUCCAGAAAUAUGCCGAAUGGAGAGCUUGGAGUCGCUAGUUCUGGCAGCGAACCCAUUGCGCGAGAGGAAAUUCCUGACCAUGAACGCUGCAGACAUCAAGCGGGAUCUUCGAGCUCGUUUGGCUCCGGAUGAAACUGGAACAGAUGAUGGUGAGCCGUCUAGCCCCAUCACAGUCGUUGGUGCCGAAGCUGGCGGCUCACAGUGGUCAGUGAAAGGAAACGGGCUUCUGAGCUUGUCCGGCAAAGAUUUAGCAGAAGACUUGGACGAAGAUCUCAGCGCCUUCCUAAGCAACAACACUGUACGACAACUAGAACUGCAAGACAGCGGAGUUACUGUCAUUCCACCCGUGUUGUCGCUGGUCAAGGAUCUGAAGGUACUCGAUCUGUCCGGCAAUCCUCUCGCGACAGAAUAUCUGACGGACGAGAUCGCUCUACCCACUCUGCAAGAGCUCAACCUCAGCAAAUGCCGCAUCACAUCACUAGACCUGCUCAUGACGUUUCUCCAAGCACCAAACCUGAAGACUUUGAAUGUGGGCGCCAACAGAUUGACUGGCGAUCUGCCGGCCCUUCGCACUGUGUUCCCGCAGUUGACAACAUUGUUCGCGACCGGAAACAAGAUCCGGUCUAUCAGUGCCGAUGCGCUGCGAGGUCUGACGACUGUCAACCUGGCUUCCAAUGACAUUGAAUCGCUUCCUGCAGAGAUUGGUCUGCUUUGGGACGAGGGACUAAGGAAUUUCGAUGUCAGCAGCAAUGCCUUUCGCGUGCCCAAUUACCGCCUCUUGGAUAAAGGCACGGAGGCCACGCUUCGCUGGCUCCGCGACAGACUGCCUGCGUCAGAGUCUGGUAAGACGGACGAUGGGGAUUGAGCGAUGCGUCACCAGUACAAGAACGUGAGAUGCUGACAGAUGAGGAGUCUUACGGAUUAAGCAAAAGCUCAUGUUCAAAACUGGAAGUUGGUUUGACAAGCACCGAUGAUAGGAGACAUGGUUGGGAAACAGUUUGAGAAUUGGAAUCAGCAGUAACAGUAUUUCGUAUUCGUCCAAGCAAGCGCAUCAGCGAUAGUUCUACAUUAUGCAAGCAAAGCAAUGCAUGCGAAACAAGCGCCCGAAGGCUACCAUGCAAUUUU